AUGUCCUUAUCUAUGUCUGUCAACAACAUUUAAUUGUUAGCAAUAUGCAUGUAACACAGUAAUAAAUAUCAUUAAACAUCUCAGUUCAGAAUUUGUUUCAUUGUUGUCAUCAUUAUCCCAUAUUGGUACUUUACACAAGCAACAACUGUAACACUUUCAUUAGUCAUUAUAUGAGGUCGUAUAUGUAACACCUUAAACAAACCUCGUCCUUCUCAUUUGUUUUCACCAUCUUCUUCCAUAUUUUUUUAUUAUUUGUAUAAAACAAAAACCAUUUUUUCUUCUUUUUCCCGCUCCAUGAAUUGUAUAAAACCUUUCUCAGUUUCUCUUUUUCUCUGUUGUUUGUGAAUUAUUGGUUACUGUUUUGCAGAUUCACUUUAUCAGAGUUAGCAUAACUUUGUGCAUGUUUUUACUACCUUUUUCUGCUGUAGUAUUUCAUUAGAUUGCAUUAUUUUGUUUCUUGUUUUGUGUGAAAGUGGUAACAUGAGUAGCAGAGAGCACACCACUCUUCAGGACAAGAUGGAAAAAGGAGGGAGCAGGAAAAUGGCUGCACAUAAUACUUUGAAAAAAGGACGUCGAGAAAGGAAAAUGGCUUUGAUACAAGAUGUUGAUAAGUUAAAGAGGAAGCUAAGACAUGAAGAGAAUGUUCAUAGAGUGUUAGAAAGAGCACUCACUAGACCUUUGGGCGCACUUCCUCGUCUUCCUCCUUAUCUCCCUUCCCAUACGUUAGAGCUUGUGGCUGAAGUUGCGGUAUUGGAGGAAGAGGUGGUUCGAUUAGAAGAGAAGGUUGUGAAUUUCAGACAAGGUUUAUAUCAGGAAGCUGUGUACAUUUCCUCCAAGAGGAAUGCAGAAAAUUCGAUUGACUCCAUUGAGCAGAAUUCCAUCAAAGGAUCCAAACAUCAAAGGUCAAAAUCAUUGUCUCAAAGUGAGCUUAAUUCUACUACCACUAGGCCUCAGAUUUCUCUUGCCAUAAGUGCUUCUAGUAGAAAGCUAGUAAAUGGGAAGCAAUUGCAUUCCAAACAAGAUUCCUUAUCAUCAAUACCAGAAGAAAAAUCUAUUGAAAAGAAAAUGGCUAAAGUCAUCACUCCAGUGAAGAAAUCACCAACCAAACAAGAAUCAGCUGACAAGUGUGUAGAUCACGUGAAGUUGCAGCUGGAGAAGAGAUUAGUAGAUCAAGAAAGAGCACAAAAUUCCUCAGGUGAUAAGGUGUUAGAAGUUGAUAGCACACCAAAUAGAGUUUCAGAGGAUAUAGUCAAGUGUUUGUGUAGCAUAUUUAUGAGAAUUUCCAUAUUCAAGGACAAUUUAGGAGAAUUGAAAACACCUCUACAUGAUCCAUAUGGUAUCUGUUCAAUAUCCAAAACAAGAGAUAUUGGUGCCUACAAUAGCUUUUGUGAGAUUGAAGCUUCCGCCGUUGAUUUCAGCCGAAUGAAAAAUUCAGUGUUUCUGAUCAAUCGAUUAAAGUUCUUAUUUGGGAAACUUGCCUCUGUGAACUUGAAGGGUCUUACUCAUCAGGAGAAACUUGCAUUUUGGAUAAACACUUACAAUUCAUGUAUGAUGAAUGCAUAUUUAGAGCAUGGCAUACCAGAGAGUCCCGAAAUGGUUGUAGCACUGAUGCAGAAGGCCACAAUAGUAGUGGGGGGACACUUGCUCAAGGCAAUCACAAUAGAGCACUUCAUCUUGAGACUUCCUUAUCACCUGAAUUAUACCUGUCUGAAAUCUGCAAAAAAUGAUGAGAUGAAAGCAAGAGGCAUAUUUGGUUUGGAAUGGUCUGAACCUUUGGUUACAUUUGCACUAUCAUGUGGAAGCUGGUCAUCACCUGUGGUAAGGGUGUACACAGCAUCACAAGUUGAUAAUGAGUUAGAAGCAGCAAAGAGAGAUUAUUUACAGGCAGCAGUUGGCAUAACGAAAACAAACAAGUUAAUAAUUCCAAAGAUACUUGACUGGUUUUUACUUGACUUUGCAAAGGACUUGGAAUCUUUGUUGGAUUGGGUCUGCCUUCAGCUACCUGUUGAACUGAGAAAGGAAGCAGUUGAAUGCCUUGAAAGAAGGGGAAGGCAGCCUCUUUCACACAUGGUACAUAUGACGGCCUAUGAUUUCAGUUUCAGGUUGCUUGUACACCAGUAACCUGGUUUUUUUUAGACAACCACAAAUAAUCCAGUGAGAGGUGCUGUUAAUGUUCAAUAAGCACAGAUUUUUGAACUUUGAUGUUCUGGAUUUUGUAUAUUGGAUAGUUCACACAGAAAGUAGAUAACAAGUAAUGUUUCCUUUGAUAGGGUUUUGACCUUUGUAAACUGCAAUAAGGUCCUUUUUUUUUUAAAGACUGUAAUAAGGUCCUUAGCACUUAGCAGUAAGCAUAGAUUUUAUAGGAAAA